CUCGAUUGCGCACAACCGCACAGUAAGCACUGUAGACACUUCUAGUCCGCUUAUGGGAAAGACAGGAUCGCGCUUUCCAGUAAGGAAUGAGUUAACAACAAAGUAAAAGAAGUCUCCAUUUACUCAGACUGAGAUUCGAGACCCGGGAAAAGUCACGCCUGGAUAGACUUGUAAAAAAAAAAAAAAAAAAAAACUUUUCAGCGCCUUUACAUGAACCCCCGAAGACCGGGAAUUCGCAAGAGGGCCAUGGGACAAAUGUGACACUGACACUUUGAGAGGCUCAAAUACAGGGCGACGACAAAUCAGUGGCGUCUGUCAAUCAGCGUAACGGCGAGAGCAGGCCAAAUAAGAAAAAACAAAGACUGGUGAAGAUACCAUAAUAAAAGUGUUCUUCAUAGAUUUUUAUAUAAAGGUGGAAAAAUGCCAGCACAGGCUGUUUUGAAUGGUGAUCCAUCCAUGAAUGUUUUAUCUGAUGCCUGCAGUGAGUCUGAGGUGAGCAACAGUCCUGAAGAAAGUAGUAUCUUUUUCUCUGAAGACGCUGUGUCACAUUUAGGACCUGAACAAAUUGGAAACAUGGAUAUUUCAGAUUUCCAAAAGAAUAAGAAAAGACCAGGAAACUGUAUUAAAAGAAAAAGGAAAAGCUCAGAACUAGAGGAUGAUACAUCAUGGCAUUCCUCCUGCAAAAAGGAAAAGUCUCGCGGUGUGGCUGGAUGGGAGACCUGUCUCAGGCAAAGGCCUCCACGUCGCACAAUAUUUCAAGCUGGAUUAAAUGUGCACCGUAGAGGGAAAAAUGGUGACAACAGCCUAAAACCAAAGCGUACUUUGUCCAUUUCUUUGAAUCAGAGUGGAAAAAUUCCUACCCAAUUAAAACGUAAUCUUCCAGAAACUCCCAAAUUAGACCUUCUAGAACAGGACUCAAAAGACUCUGCCCAGAGCAAUUCAACAUCAUUGUCUCAGGAAGCAAAUAAUGGCUUUGCAGAGACAGUAAACUCCUUGGAAUACAAGGAUAAUAAAGGUUUUGGAAUAGGUGAGCUGGUGUGGGGUAAAAUAAAGGGCUUCUCCUGGUGGCCUGGAAUGGUGGUAUCCUGGCAUGCUACUGGGAAAAGGCAGGCAUCACCUGGAAUGCGGUGGUUACAGUGGUUUGGAGAUGGCAAAUUCUCUGAAGUUUCUGCAGACAAGCUUGACUCCUUUAUUGCCUUUCCGAAGUAUUAUAGCCUCACAUCUUACAGCAAGAUGGCCUCAUAUAAGAGAGCUGUGUUUCAGGCUUUGGAGAUGGCGAGUAGAAGGGCUGGAAAAAUCUUUGGCUCCUCUGAAAUGAAUAGUUCAGAAGAUGAAAUGAAACCUUUGCUGGAAUGGGCAAAUGGAGGCUUUGAGCCUAAGGGCGCAGAGGGUCUGAGACCAAAAGAGAAUGCAGAGAAUGGGUCCUUCAAUCACCACAUUCUUGAUGUCCGUCUCCCAGAGUACUACCUUCCCACAAAAAGACAAAAGAAUACCCUCUACAAAUCCAAUACAGGAACAGAAGAAGAUUAUAGUAGAGAGCAAAUGGUCAGUGAUGUCUUGAAUAACAGCCAAAGUAUAGAAGAUUUCUGCAUUGCAUGUGGGAAAACAAAGGUAGCAACAUUUCAUCCACUUUUUGAAGGAGGUCUUUGCCAAGCCUGCAAGGACACUUAUUUGGAAAUAUCAUAUAUGUAUGAUGAUGAUGGCUACCAGUCAUACUGCACAGUUUGCUGUGGCGGGGAUGAAGUUCUGCUUUGUGGAAAUGAAAAUUGCUGUAGAUGCUUCUGUGUAGGUUGUCUCGAUACCCUGGUAGGUCCUGGGGCAUCUGAAAAUGCCAAAGAGUUGGAUCCUUGGCGAUGUUACAUGUGCCAACCUUCUGAAAAAUUUGGUGCUCUGAAAAAGCGACAUGACUGGAGCAUCAAACUCCAGGAAUUCUUUGUCAAUGAUAAUGGACAGGAGUUUGAAGCUCCUAAACUUUACCCAGCUGUUCCUGCAGAACAAAGAAAACCUAUCCGUGUAUUGUCACUAUUUGAUGGUAUUGCAACAGGAUAUUUGGUUUUAAAGGAUCUUGGCAUUAAGGUAGACCAUUACAUUGCUUCAGAGGUGUGUGAAGAUUCCAUUGCAGUAGGUGUUGUCAGACAUGAAGGAAGAAUUACGUAUGUGCAUGAUGUGAGGAACAUAACUAGGAAAAACGUUGAGGAAUGGGGCCCAUUUGACUUGGUGAUUGGAGGUAGUCCAUGCAAUGACCUCUCUAUUGUAAAUCCAGCUAGAAAGGGUCUGUAUGAAGGAACAGGUCGUCUUUUCUUUGAAUUUUACCGGUUACUAAGUGCUGCUAAACCAAAAGAAGGAGAGGACAGACCAUUCUUUUGGAUGUUUGAAAAUGUAGUGGCUAUGGGAGUCAAUGAUAAAAGGGAUAUUUCACGUUUUUUAGAAUGUAACCCAGUGAUGAUUGAUGCCAUAGAAGUGUCUGCAGCUCAUAGGGCAAGAUAUUUCUGGGGAAAUCUUCCUGGAAUGAACAGGCCCUUGUGUGCUUCUGGAAUGGACAAGCUAGCUCUGCAGGAUUGUUUGGAGCAUGGAAGGAUUGCUAAGUUUGGAAAGGUCAGAACCAUCACAACAAGAUCCAAUUCUAUCAAGCAAGGCAAGGAUCAGCACUUUCCAGUAUUGAUGAAUGGAAAGGAGGAUGUUCUUUGGUGUACAGAGCUUGAAAGAAUAUUUGGCUUUCCUGUUCACUACACAGACUUGUCAAACAUGGGACGUGGAGCUCGACAGAAACUCCUGGGCAGGUCUUGGAGCGUGCCAGUGAUACGGCAUCUGUUUGCCCCAUUAAAGGACUACUUUGCCUGUGAAUAGAGAUCAGAAAGUUCUAGUUUGUUACUGUUUACAGAGCACAUUACUUUGUUCAACCUCAAAGCAUUUUAUUAAGAAAUCAGGGACUUUGGGUUGUGUGUUUUGUAGCAUGUUGUUUUUAUAAAAUACAAACAUUUUAGAGGUGGUAAAAGUCUUCACCAAAGCAUUUUGUUCCACACUGGGGUAUGAGUACAGCAUAGUAUGUUGGAGAGCCAAGACACAUGUGGAGUAUUUCUGAAAAAUAUUUGUAUUAGAUCAUAGAACAGAUUUCUGCAGUAAUGUUAAUGUGGCUCUUCACAUACAAAGCUGUGGAUUUCUCUCUCUUAAAAAAAAAGAGUGGAACAAAUCAUCAGGCAGUUCUCCUGAAGUGUACUUCAUUUUCAAUCACAAGAAAGGACAGGAGACUUUUGUACUCUUAUACUGAUCUAAACUCUUUGAUUUUCCUUUGACUUUUCAAAAUUGUAAAGCACAAACAGUGUUUUUUCCUGUGCCUUUCAUAGCUCAUUUUUAAAUGUGAAUUUGGUACACUAUGCCACUUACACUUUUCUACAAUUGCACUUGGGGAAAGAUGGCUAAAUAUAAUAAUGAGGAAGAGGUAUCCAGAGGUAGUUACAUUUCUUACAGUAGUUUGCAAAAAUAAACCCAGCAUUAUCGUAUUAAAUAAGUUAUACUUUACUCAGGACUGAACUCUCAUUCACCUCAAAGAGUGCCUCACAAUUUUUAUUAUAGCCAUAGUGAAGAAAAAUACAGUCUGCAUCAUAAUGAAACUGCACUUAAAACUAAAUACGUCAUUGAUUUAGGCUAGGACUUAAGUAGGCAGCAUCCUACUAAAAAAUGAGACUUUCAUUAAAUGAUAACUGGAUCGGUGGGUUAUUAUAAAGCACACUUGACUUUCCUAUGUCUUAAUCAUUAUGCUCGUAAGCAGAUUGGACAGAAAUGAUUACGUCGACGUUUCACAACAUAAAAUAUGUGUAUGAGCGUUUGUGAUGAUAAAGUUUAAAUUUUAAAAUGUCAAGAUGAGUACUGUAGUUGGAAUGGAAGGGUUUCUUUAUAUAUCACUGGUAUAUUUUAUGUAGAUUAUAAGUUGAGCCUGCAUUUAUAGAAGUGAGAAUGGACACAGUAUCUGGUGAGUACAACAGCCGAAAUCCUAUGGUAUGGCAUGUGAUAAUGUCCUCAAAUGCUUGUUAAUCUUACUUCAAAUAAUUUCGGUAAAAAUAAAGUGAGAUUAUGUUAGACUGGAAGUAUUAAAAACAAGGUUAUUUUUAAAUUAUAAUCAGUGUGGAACAACAUGAUGUUCUAAUACAAAACAUUUAUUUGAAAAUAAAACUAAUCUGUAAUGUGUUGAGGAGUUAAAAAUGAAAGGUCAUUAUUUGAGUAAUAGGAUCACUACCAAUUGAAAAUAUUGAAAGGAAUAUUUAGUUGUUAGAUAAAAAAGUACUUUUACUGGAAAGGAAUUACACCUUUUGAGUAGGUGUUCACAAAACACAUGCCUUAACAAGAAUACCAGUCCAUAGGAGUGACCUUGAAUUAUCCAACUAUUCUGUGUCUCACAUCUUGUGUCCAGGUACAUGUUAGAAUUUACUGUGUUGUUUAAAGUGAAAAAUAUAUAUUAUCCCUAUAUGUUAUAAUUGUAUUUUAUUUAGGCAGGAAAUAGGGUGACAGUUUUGUCUUUUCAUUCAGGGCAUUUACUGUAUGUGAUAUUGUUAUUUUUGUACCACUUUUUGGUUUGUUUGUUUUUCUCUUUCAUGCCAUGGAAUCAGAAACCAGGGAGACAUAUAUUUGCAGCACUUUCAUCUGGAGACAAGCUGUACUUUAUUGUUAACUAACAAGAGAAAACAUUUUUUUAUUCCACAUACACAUAUUCUUGCCUGUGAUUUCAGUGUAUUUAAACCAUGUAGCUCCAUCAUAUGAAAGGCCUUUUAUGGUUAAGUGAAAACAUCUUUUUUAAUGUUAUUUUAAAAAUACUGUUUCAAUGGGUGCACUCACAAAAAUAACCAACAUCCUGGAAUAAAACAUUAUCUUGGUGUUAAUUCAGUGUGUCUGCCUAAAAUGGAAUAAUAAAGGAGAUAACAAUCAGGGGAAAUUGCAAAAUAGCAGUAUGACUUCAUAAACAAAGAAUUGUGUUUUACUAAAAGUAAGACAUUUCAACCUCACACAUUUUAAGUUAAGACUUAAGACACACUUUCAAGAUUUGUCACCCAUUUUAUUUGAAUAAGCAAUUGUUUGUACUGUAUUUCUAUUUUUAUAAUCAGAAAAGGUUUGCAUCUUACCUAUUCAGUUUUCCAAAUAAAUGGCACAGAAUGCAACUUGUGGACCAUCCGAUACAGUAAGUUAACUCAUAUUGUGAAGUAACUAAGUAGAACACACAUUUUCAAAAACUGCUUACAACUUUAAUUUUUUGUAUCUUUAAUUGCUUUCAAAUUACUGUGCCUGCUUUUGUCCUGCAUUUUAAAAAGACUGAUACCUAACUAAGACUAGUUUAAGUAAAGUCCAGACAUCCUGUGGUGGUAUACUGUACAUGUGCCCUUAUUGUUUUAUUAUAGGCAUACAUUGCUUUAACAUAGUCUUUGUUAUACUGGAGCCAGAAAACCAAACAAGGGAUACUGGCAGUGUUUACAAAUUGAAUUUGUGCAUGUGGCUCAUGAUUUAUUACAGAAUCAGCCAUGUGCAUUAUUAGUUUAUUUUCCAUGUGUCUUAAUGAUUCUUCUUUCCCGUGGUUUUGGGUAUAUUACACCAUUUGGUGUUACUUUUCAUAAUAAAGGUUAUCAUAGCUAAUAGGUUAUAUUUUGUUAUCCAUUUUUGUAAUAUGUACAAUGUAGAUAAGUAGGAUGCAUUUUUAUACUUGCUUAUUGAGUUGAUAGAAAGUUUUGUAAUAGCUUUGGUAAAAUUAACAUCAUGUAUGUAUGUCUUUAUAUAGAUAUUCUGUAUAUAGAUGUCUUUGCUUAAGUAAGGUGUUGUGUUUCAGCUAUGAUUGCUUCUGUAGAAGUAUGAAAAUCGGGUUUCAUUAUAGUGAACAGAUCAUACAGCAUAACCAGCAUCAUAUUGUUUGUUCUGCCAGAUGUCUGUCCUUACACAGGUGUAUUUUGUGUCAUCACUGUUCAAAUAUAAUGCCUUACUGAGAGCAGAUCACAUAGUGUUUAUGUAUAACAGUCGACAUGCAAUGUUAAAGAAUUUUGUAUGUGUUCCUAUCAGUUUCCAGCUGUAUAACCAUAAGGCGAUGACCAAAAAGUUGUAGUUUGAUAAAAACUUGUAUUUCUAUGUGAAAACUUUUAUGUUUUCUUCUAAGAAUGAACCAUUUCAAAGCAUGUGUAAAAUGCAUCUUAAAGUAAUAGUUCAUGGUAUGUGUUUUUGAUAAAUGUAACCUAACAGUUAGACAUUGUAUUUUUAUAAUAUUUUUACUAUUGUGCCUUUUUUGUUCUCUUUAUCAUAGGGUUCCAUUGUUCUAAAAAGUGUACUUUAGGUAAAAGGGGACAAGUUCAUCAUGCCAGUAUAGAUUAUUAUUUUCUUAAUAUUGUAUCAGUAAAACUGACUUGAGUUUA